GCCGCCAUGAGGGACCGGACGCGGGAACUGCAUCAGGCGAGAGGCCAAAAAAUGGGGAAAAAAGUUCAAAAAUCGGGAAAAAGAGGCGAAAAAUCGGGAAAAGGAGCACGGAAUCGGAACCGGGGAGCCCGAAAAUGGGCGAGAAGAGGCUGAAAAUGGGGAAAAGGAGGAGAAAAAUGGGGGAAAAGAGGAGAGAAAUGGGAAAAUGGCCGGAAAAUGGCAGAAAAGGGGAAAAAAGGGCAAAAAUGGGAAAAAGAGACAAAAAUGAGGGGGAAAAGUACAAAAAUUGGGGAAAUGAGCCCCAAAAUGGGGAAAAAGAGCCCAAAAAUGGGAAAAUGAGGUAAAACAUUGGAAACAAUCCAAACAUUGGGGAAAAGAUGCAAAAAUGGGGAAAAGAGAAAAAACGCUGAGGGAAGGGAGGCAAAAAACGGGGAAGGAAAGGCCCCAAAAUGGGAGAUUUGUCCCCAAAAUCAGGAACAGAACCCAGAAAUGGGAAAAGGAAACAAAAACGGGGGAAAGAGCCCAGAACCGGGGAAGGAUCCGAAAAACGGGGCCGGGGUUGGAUUUGCCCAAAUCUGAGAUUUUUCCCCAAUUUCCCCUCCCCCCCCCAGGGCUCGGACUCGGACUCGGAGGGGGAGGGGCCGGGGGGGGAGGGGCGGCUCCUCGGCCCCCAGGACCCCGCCCUGGCCCAGGCGCGCCGCGUGCGCUCCCUGCUGGCGGCGCUGUCCCGGAGCGCGGCCGAGCUGGAGCAGCUGCAGGAGAGAGCGCUGGGAACGCCCCUCCCCCCCCCGGAGCUGCAGGAGGAGCUGCAGCGGCUCCGGGACGAGAUCCAGGACCUGACCUGGGAGAUCCAGGGGGGGCUCCGAGCGCUGGCCCCGGCGGCCGAGGAGGCCCCGAAUUCCAUCGGGGCUCGGCUGCGACGAACCCAGCACGGGCUCCUGGCCCAGCAGUUUUGGGGGCUCACGGGGACCCUCCAGGCCGCCCAGGGCCGCUACCGCCAGCGCAGCCUGCAGAGGAUCCAGCGGCAGCUGCAGAUCGCCGGGCGGGCGCCGCCGUCGGAGGAGGAGCUGGAGGCGAUGCUGGAGUCGGGCCAGAGCCAGAUCUUCGUCAGCCACGCGCCGUCCCCGCUGUCCUCCCGCGCCCUGGACGAGGCCGGGCAGCGGCACCGGGAGCUGCAGCGCCUCGAGCGCGGCCUCCGCCAGCUCGGCGAGCUCUUCCAGCUGCUCAGCGGCACCGUCGAGGCCCAGGGUGACGUCAUCGACCGCAUCGAGCAGCAGGUGCUGCACUCGGGGGCGCACCUGGAAAAGGGGCGGGGCCACCUCCAGGGGGCGGGGCGGCGGCAGAAGGCGGCCCGGAAGAAGCGCCUGGCCCUCGCCGCCUGCGCCUCGGUCGCCAUCUUGGUCCUGGUCGCCAUUGUGGCCGCCUCAGUGGCGUCCGGGUAGCUCCGAGCCCUCCCAUUGGCUGCGGGAGCUGCCAAUCGACGCAAACCCCACCCUCCGCCGCCUCCGAUUGGCUGGGAGUGACAUCACGGCGCUGGCAGGCGAAGCCCGCCCCGCUCGGCGGUGAUUGGGCGGUGCGGGUGUCAGUCAAGCGUAGCGCGGGUUUUAUUGGUUGGUGGUGAUGUAAUGGUGGUGGCGGGGAGGACUCGGCCCCGCGGCGGUUUCUAUUGGCUGGUGGUGACGUCACCGGCGAGGAAAGCACUUUUUAGCCCAAAAAUGGCCCAAAAAAGGCCAAAAAACCCCGAAAAAAUAAUAAAAAAAAAUUUAAAAAUAAAA